AUGACAGCAGCCGGAAGUACGAUUUACGUCGCCGUGGAUACCCCAAUUCUGAGCAUCCGAGAGGGCAUUUUUGAAUCUUCCUAUUACGGUUAUCCAAUCGAGCUCACCUUGCCUGGGGUUUGCACAAACGUGCGUGUUGUUCGCCGCUAUUCCGAUUUUGAAUCCUUACGCAAUCAGCUCUGCAUGGCGCACUGGUAUUGCAUCGUAGCCCCUAUCCCCGAGAAGGAAUCCUUACAAGGCAAAAUCACCACAAGAGAUUCGAAUUACAGCGUGAUGCUGGAGUACCGUCGAAUCGCGCUCCGUCGUUUUCUGCUUCGCAUCGCAUACCACACCAUCCUCGGAAAAUCCCCCCUUCUGGCGAGAUUUGCCAAUGAUGAGGAAUGGCGGGAAUGCGCGAAAAAUCCGAUCGCGGUCCCCCCUUUUUUAUCCGCGAAUAUCGCGGAAGAUUUAGUGAAAUCCAUGCAUAGCCCCACCCCCGGCAAAGGGGACGGGGCGGAGUACGUGAGACUGCUCAACAUGGAUUUUGACAACGGCGGAGAGUUAGAUGGGGCGACGAUUGAUGGGAUCAACAGCUACAUUGCCCAACUCGAAGGCAAUCUACGCAGCCUCCGCGAUCGAUUUCAAGCUCUGGCCAACCGCCGACAAGGCGCGGGGGAGGCUUUGCUGGCCUUUUCCUCUUCCUUUGGAGCUCUCGCCGAUGGCGAGGAGGAUCCUUUUUUGCGAAAGGCCAUUCGGGCGGUUCAGCAGCACGGCGCGCAGAUCUCGGUCGUUUAUCAGGAUCAGUCCGAUAACGAUAUGCAAAAGGUGGUGAGUACGUUAAGUUAUUACGUCGGCCUGUGCGCCGCGGUACGGCAGACGUUGGGAAAUAUUUGGUCCGCCAUUAGCAAAAUGCGCGCGCUGUGUGUACGCGUUCAGGCCGCCGAGGCAAGGCUCACGAGCGUCGGUAUGGAAAAUUUAGAAUCCGCACGAAAUGCCCUCGCCGCGCUCACUGCUGAGAAGAUGCAUCGCGAGCGAGAAAUGUGUGGGAUUGAUAAGACCUUUAAAGAAGAGCUUUGCCGAUUUCAUCGUGAAAAGCAGUUUGAUCUGCGGGAACUGUUGAAGGUCUAUGCCGAGCUCGAGGUGACAUUUGCUAGCAACAUUAAAAGCAAGUGGGAGGGGCUACGUCCUCGUUUAGAAGAUCUCGCAUCCUAA